CAUUUUCCGUUCGCCGUGCUCCUCCUCCUUUCUUCUUCUUCGUCCCAUUUUGCGGAUCCCUCUCUCUCUCUCUCUCUCUCUCUCUCUCUCGUUCGAGAUGGGUAACUCCGGCGUGAGCGCCGCCGCGGAGGCGGCAGCGGCGCUCCUCCUUCUCCUCGUCUUGGCUCCGGCGAGCGCCUUCUACCUCCCUGGCGUCGCUCCUCGCGAUUUCGCGAAGGAUGAUGAACUUCAGGUGAAAGUGAACAAACUUUCAUCCAUUAAGACGCAGCUUCCAUAUGACUAUUAUUUCUUGGACUAUUGUAAGCCAACAAAGAUUAUGAACAGUGCUGAGAAUUUGGGAGAGGUUCUUCGUGGGGACCGCAUUGAAAAUUCUGUCUAUGUCUUUAGAAUGGGAAGGGAUGAGACUUGCAAAGUGGCUUGUCGCACGAAGCUUACUGAAGAAGCUGCAAAGAACUUCAAGGAAAAAAUUGAUGAUGAAUAUCGAGUGAACAUGAUCUUGGAUAAUCUUCCUGUUGCUGUUCCAAGACAACGAAGGGAUGGAAGCCAAACACCAAGUUAUGAACAUGGUUUUAGAGUUGGCUAUAAGAACAAGGAUGGGAAGUAUUACAUAAACAACCACUUGAGUUUUAAUGUUUUAUACCAUUCGGAUUUAGAAAGCAAGGAUGCUCGUAUUGUUGGUUUUGAGGUGAUUCCAAGCAGCAUAAAGCAUGAAUACAGCAACUGGGAUGAUAAAAACCCUAAAUUGUCAACAUGCAACCCAACUACUAAGAUAACUCUGAGCAGCCAUCCUCCACAGGAAGUAGCUAAAGACGCUUACAUUGUGUUCACAUAUGAUGUUACCUUCCAGCCCAGCGAAAUAAAGUGGGCAUCUCGGUGGGACACGUAUCUUCUCAUGAACGAUGAUCAAAUCCACUGGUUCUCGAUCAUCAACUCAUUAAUGAUCGUCCUUUUCCUCUCCGGCAUGGUUGCCAUGAUCAUGAUCCGAACUCUCUACAGAGACAUCGCAAACUAUAAUCAGCUUGACAACCAAGAGGAAGCCCAAGAAGAGACUGGAUGGAAACUAGUUCAUGGUGAUGUAUUCAGACCACCUCUCCACUUCGGCCUUCUCUGUGUCUAUGUCGGAACUGGAGUUCAGUUCUUUGGUAUGACAUUAGUCACAAUGAUCUUCGCCCUUCUGGGAUUUCUUUCUCCCUCCAAUCGUGGUGGCCUUAUGACUGCGCUGGUCCUUUUAUGGGUCUUCAUGGGAUUAUUUGCGGGGUACGCUUCGUCUCGCCUCUACAAGAUGUUCAAAGGCACAGAUUGGAAGAAAAUUACACUAAAAACUGCGUUCAUGUUCCCCGGCAUUAUUUUCGCUAUAUUUUUCAUCCUAAAUGCUCUAAUUUGGGGCGAGAAGUCAUCGGGUGCAGUUCCCUUCGGGACCAUGUUUGCGCUUUUUCUGUUAUGGUUUGGAAUAUCAGUCCCAUUAGUAUUUGUUGGGAGUUAUUUCGGAUUCAAGAAGCCGGCAAUUGAAGAUCCAGUAAAAACCAACAAAAUCCCUAGGCAAAUCCCCGAGCAAGCUUGGUACAUGAAACCUGCAUUCUCUAUUCUGAUUGGUGGUAUACUCCCAUUUGGGGCGGUUUUUAUCGAGCUCUUCUUUAUCUUAACCUCAAUAUGGCUGAAUCAGUUCUACUACAUCUUCGGCUUCUUAUUCAUAGUGUUCGUCAUACUCAUCAUAACAUGCGCCGAGAUAACCAUAGUGCUUUGCUACUUCCAAUUGUGCGGUGAGGACUAUCACUGGUGGUGGAGGGCAUAUUUGACGGCAGGGUCCUCUGCACUUUACUUAUUUGCAUAUGCGGUGUUCUAUUUCUUCACUAAGUUGGAUAUAACAAAGGUCGUUUCCGGAAUUUUAUAUUUUGGGUACAUGUUGAUCGUGUCUUACGCUUUCUUUGUGCUCACGGGGACCAUCGGCUUCUAUGCUUGCUUCUGGUUUGUUCGGAAGAUCUAUUCCUCUGUGAAAAUAGACUGAUUCUUUUGAAGACCCUACUCCACAAAAUGUUUAAGGUGUUUCGGAAAUCAAAUAUUUAGAGGUUUACUAGUUUCAUCUGGAGGUGAAAUAGCUGGUAGAACUUCUCAUGUAUUACCUUUUGAUGGUAAUUUUAUAGCUGGACUCGGUUCGCUUUUCUGGUUGUAACUUUUAUAUGAACUUUUUACACUUUGAUAAUAUCUCUAGAUGAUGUGUUCUGCAUCAUAAGCCAAAAGAGGUUGUAGACAUUUUUGUCAUGCAUUCUCAUUAGAAAUGUAAAGGUUCUCUUUGUACGCUGCAUCUCUCUUGUUAUUUUCUUUUCUUCAGAUUCCUAUGA